AUGCUCGCCACUCCAACUCCAAAGCACGUCAUGUACUCCGGGAAGUCGACGGACGAUGACGACUUCUUCGUCGACCUGCCUGUGGUGGCACACAAGUACAAGCCGACGGCGUUCCAACCGGUGCAAAAUGCACCGCAACAGGAUCAACAAGUAUCCAGCACCAAGACAUUGAAGGAUGACGACCCGAUGAGCCACUCGUUCUCGUCUUAUUCGUUCAGUAGCUCGUCCGUUAUGGACGACAAGGGUCGGCGAGUGACGACCACACGUCGCCGCUACGAAGACUCCACGGGUCAUCUCAAAGCGGUGCAUGAACGAGAGAUCGACGGAAAGAAGAUGCGCACAACUUGGCGACGACAAGGCAAGGGAGAGGAUGAACAGCACGAGUCCAUCUGCUCGAGCGGUAGUCCGGGAGGAGUUUGA